GUCGGUAGAUUCUUUUCGAGCUUCAUUCUCGGUCUGAAAACGCCAAAUACGCUUUCAAGUUUCAAACCAAAAUGGAGGAUUUGUCGGUCGAGGUGUACGGUGAAAAUGGUGCUUAUUAUAAGGCCAUUGUCACCGACGUGCUCGACAACGAGGUUCUCGUAGCCUUUGAAAAUGACUGGCAGCCGGAAUCAAAGUUUCCAUUUUCGCAAGUGUUCUUACCACCAAAAGACACCAGCAAACACACAGACUUUGUCGAAAACCAAGAAGUUGAGGUUUUUGCGAGAUCAAAUGAGAAAGAAGCAUGUGGGUGGUGGACUGCAAAUAUCAAGUUGAUCAGGGGGGACUUCCUAGUAAUAGAAUACCUGGAGUGGGACAACUGCUACUCGGAGAUCGUGCCAAAUGACCGCCUUCGGGUCAAACAGACAAAGACGCCGAUCGACAAGAACACGUUCCACAAAUUCGAGAUUGCAGUGCCUGAGGAUCUCAAGGACUACCUACACGACAUGCACAGCGCGAAGGUGGAGAACGCGCACAAGGAGUUCCAGAAGGCGAUCGGCGCCGCGCUCGUGUGGUACGUGCCCGAGCGCGCCGUGCUCGCCGUCAUCUCGCGCUGCGAGACGUCGCAGAAGCGCGCCCAGAUGCUGCGCGAGAUGCACUUCAGAAACCUAACACAAAAGUUGUUAUUAUUGAAAAAGACUGAAGAAGCCGCAAGGCAGCUAGAAUCCACGAAAAUUCACAAUCAAGGAGGGUACACGGACGAGUUCAGCGUGCGCGAGGACCUGAUGGGGCUGGCCAUCGGCACGCACGGCGCCAACAUCCAGCAGGCGCGCAAGGUGCCCGGCAUCACCAACAUCGAGCUCGAGGAGCUCUCCUGCACCUUCAAGAUCUGCGGCGAGUCGGCGGAGGCGGUGCGGGCGGCGCGCGCGCUGCUGGAGUACGCGGAGCAGUCGGUGAAGGUGCCGCGCGAGCUCGUCGGCAAGGUCAUCGGCAAGAGCGGCAAGGUCAUCCAGGAGAUCGUCGACAAGAGCGGCGUCGUCAGAGUGAAGGUGGAGGGCGACAACGAGCCGCAACCGGUGGGCCCGCGCGAGGAGGGCAUGGUGGCCUUCGUGUUUGUGGGCACGCGCGAGAACAUCGCCAACGCGAAGGUGCUCGUCGAGUACCACGUGGCGCACCUCAAGGAAGUGGAGCAGCUGCGCGCAGAGAAGCUGGAGAUCGACCAGCAGCUGCGCGUGGUGAUGGGCGGCGGCUCGGCCUCGUACCCGCCGCCGCGCGGGCCGCCCGCGCCGCGCGCGCGCCGCCCGCGCCCGCCCGCCACGCGCUACCCGCCCGGCGGGCGGCGCACGACGCCCGAGCUGGGCGAGGAGCGCGGCGAGCGCGGCGAGGGCUCCUACCGCGGCCGCCCCAGGCCGCCGCGACCCAACAGGUCGAGCGAGCGGCGCGGCGAGGAGCGGCGCGUGCCGCUGGAGAACGGGCGCGCGCACCCGCGGCCCCCGCGGGACGCGCGCGACGCCCGCGACACCCGCGACACCCGGGAGCCCAGCGGCAGGAGGCGAGACACGCGCGAACCGCGUGACACCGGGCCGCGCGAGCCCCGCGAGCCUCGUGAGCCCCGCGAGCCCCGUGAGCCCCGCGAGCCCAAGCGACACACGGAUGACGACAGCUCGCUCGUCGACAGCCAGGACGUGUCUAGCGCGGACAGGGAGUCCGCGUCCGCGUCGUCGGAGGAGGCCGGCGCCGAGCGGCCGCAGGCCAGGCGCCGCAGGCGGCGACGGCAAGGCGGCGGGUGGAAGAACGGCGUGAGCGGCGGCGGCGGGGGCGGCGGCGGCGGCGGCGAGGGCGCGCGGGCGGAGGGUAGCAAAGAUUUGAGUUCCUUGUGUCCACCCAAUUAUCCACCCAAUUCGAUCGUCAAAUAA